AUGGCGCGCUUCACAAACAUUGGCAUGCCGCGCAAGACGUUCGUCGCGUCCGCGGCCGAGGAGAAGGCCGAGAAGGGCGAGCGGGAGCCUGACGCCGACGCGCCCGAGGCUGGACCGUCAAAGGGGGAGAAGCGCAAGGGCUGGGGCCGUGACCCGGAGAUCGCAAAACGUGCACGACAGACCGACAUCCGCACCGAGCAGCGACGACUGCAGCGUAUCGACGAGCGCGCGCAGGCUACCACCUGCUUUGCGUGCCGCGCCGUCGGGCACACGGCGCGCGAGUGCCCCAACAUCCUGCUCGCGGCGAGCGGGCAGAACGGCAGCGCGGCCAUGCUCGAGGCGGACAAGAUGGCUGAGCGACAGGCGGAAGCCGGCGACGACGACGGCAGCGGCAAGAACAAGAAGGGCAAGAAGGCAAAGGGCAAGGGCAAGGAGCAGGCGACUGGGCGCGAUCUGACCAGCGGGAAAUGCUAUCGGUGUAACUCUGAGAAGCACUCGCUGUCAAACUGCCGCAAGCCGAUUGACAAGGCCAACCCGACGCCGUACGCGACCUGCUUUGUGUGUCUCGAGACGGGCCACCUGUCCGCCGCGUGCCCGAAGAACAGCAAGGGCGUGUACGUCAACGGCGGCAGCUGCAAGGUGUGCGGGAGUGUCGCGCACCGCGCCAACGACUGCCCAGACGACAAGCGCGAGAAGGCCGCCCCGGAGCGGUUCCACGCCAACACGUAUCUCGGGACUGGAGCCGGGGCGGGCGCAGACGAGGACGACUUCAUGGUCAACCACCGCCAGUUCCGCGCGCCUGCGGGCCAGAAGACGCGCCACGAGGCGGCAAAGAACUCGCAGCGUGGGCCGGCAAAGCGGCCGGGUGAGGAGGGUGCCUUUGCCCCUGCACCGGCUGCCGUUGCGGCCAAGCCCAAGCCCAAGCCUAAGAAGGUCGUCACGUUUUGA